AAUGAGGCCUAAUUCUUUUAAAAACCAAAGGCCCAAUAUAAUUUAUUCACUAGCCCACCAAAACAAAAAAAAGAGUUGGUCCAAGAAACAAAAGACAUAUGAACUCCCUUAAAAAAAACACGUACACUCCUCACUUCCAUUUUUGAAUAUUAAGGAAUUAUUUCAAUAAAGGAAUUGAAGUACACGUACACUCCAAUUCUUCAUUUUGUGAGAUGUACACGUAUACUCCCUCUUCUCCCUCAACUCUCUCUCUUCUAUAAAUCUUAAACAAGGAACACACCCACAUCUUCAAAAUUUAAAGAUGCUCAAGCUCCAGGAGCUCGUCGUUUCGCCGAAUCGCUGCUGUACAGGAAUCGAUGCCGCUGCGGUCGUCCCUCCCGGCCUCUCACCACCGACACAUCAGCCGCUACCGGCUCCAAUUCACUGCCCCGCGUACACCGCCCUUGUCGCUCGGCGUUGUCGCUCCGGCAGCGCCCUCUCUCCUUCUUCCCUCACUCCCUCUUCUUCUCUCGGAUCUGCCGCCGCCACCACUGUGCAUGCACAGGCGGCGGCUUCGGCCUCUCCGUGCCUCGUGCUGCCGGAGAAGCUUCCCGGCGCCACUCCAGCGCGGGUCGCUGCCUCCUCACCGACUCCCGAGAGUGAAGAAGAAAACCUUAACGCAUGAUCGACAAUUACAGUCUCUGAGAAUCGGAGGUACCACCAAAAUGGGGGCGUACGCCGUCGCGAUGGAAACCCUAACGGAGCGCGCCGCGCUGAUGCGUGAAUCGAUGAAGAAAACCCAGGCGAUCACGGACAACGUCGUCACCAUUCUAGGCUCCUUCGACCACCGCCUCUCCGCCCUCGAGACCGCCAUGCGCCCCACGCAGUUGAAAACGCAUUCCAUAAGGAAGGCGCACGAGAACAUCGACAAGACGCUCAAGACUGCCGAGUCUGUUCUCGAUCAAUUCGAUCGCUCACGCGAGGCAGAAGCUAAAAUAUUAAGGGGCCCUCAUGAAGAUUUAGAAAGCUACCUUCAAGCUGUGGAACAGCUAAGGGGUGUCAUUCAGUUUUUUACUGGAAACAAAAACUUUAAGAGUGGUAUUGGGAUUGUCAGUCAAGCCAACAACUUACUUGGAAAAGCAAUCCUUAAACUAGAGGAAGAAUUUCGACAGCUUCUCAGCUUGUACAGCAAACCUAUCGAACCUGAUCUUCUCUUUGACUGCCUGCCAAAUUCAAUGAGGCCAUCAUCAGGAUCACCUCGUGAAGGUGAACCGGCUGGAAAGAAACCAUCAGACCACCAUAACAAAAGUUCAGCAGAGACAGUGGUCUAUCAACUUCCAACCCUAGUUCCUCCUAGAAUCAUGCCUUUGCUCCAGGAGAUUUCAAAGCAAAUGGUUCAAGCUGGUCACCAACAGCAGGUUGCCAUUUUAUACAGGGAAGCUAGAUCCACAGCAGUAGAGCAAACUCUGAAGAAACUAGGCGUUGAGAAACUUGGUAAAGAUGAGGUACAAAAGAUGCAGUGGGAAGUUUUAGAGGCAAAGAUAGGAAACUGGAUUCAUUUUAUGAGAAUUGCUGUCAAGCUUUUGUUUACUGCUGAAAAGAAAGUAUGUGAUGAUAUUUUUCAGACCUAUGAUAGUCUCAAAGAUCAGUGUUUUGCUGAAGUAACUGGGACCAGCGUGAUAACGCUUCUCAGUUUUGGAGAUGCUAUCGCUAGGAGUAAGAAAUCGCCGGAAAAGCUAUUUGUCCUGCUGGACAUGUAUGAGAUCAUGCGAGAACUUCAGCCUGAGAUGGAGGUCAUAUUUGGGAGUAAAUACAGUACUGAAAUGAGGGAAGCAUUCACAGCCCUCACAAAAAAACUCGCAAAGACUGCUAAGAAGACGUUUGCUGAAUUCGAGGAAGCCGUUGAAAAAGAUUGCACAAAAACUGCUGUUCUUGAUGGAACAGUCCAUCCUUUAACCAGCUACGUGAUCAACUAUGUGAAGUUUCUAUUCGACUAUCAUUCAACUCUACAGCAACUCUUCAAAGAGUUUGGCGAAGGCGAUUCAGAACAACAGUUGGCAUUUAUAACGACCAAGAUUAUGCAGGCACUUCAGACUAAUCUCGAAGUAAAAUCAAAGCAAUACAAAGAUGCUGCUUUAACUCAACUAUUUCUGAUGAACAACAUACAUUAUAUUGUAAGAUCUGUACGCAGGUCAGAGGCAAAGGAUUUAUUAGGCGACGACUGGGUGCAGAUACAUCGAAGGGUUGUCCAGCAGCAUGCUAAUCAAUACAAGAGAAUUGCGUGGUCUAAGAUUCUGCAAACCUUGACGAUCCAGGGGGCGCAUUCGGCAGUGGAUAGCAAUAGCACAGCUGGUGUUUCGAGGGUGACGGUGAAAGAUAGGUUCAAGACAUUCAACACCGCAUUUGAAGAGAUCCAUCAGCGGCAAUCUCAAUGGACAGUUCCUGAUAGCGAGCUGCGGGAGUCAUUGAGGCUUGCCGUUGCUGAGGUCCUUCUGCCUGCCUACAGAUCUUUCAUCCGACGUUUUGGGCCUAUGAUUGAGGGUGGAAAAAAUCCAACCAAGUACAUCAGAUAUACACCUGAAGAUUUAGAGAGAAUGCUGGCUGAGUUCUUCGAAGGAAAGAUGUGGAACGAACCCAAGCGAUAGAUAGAUAGAUACAUCAUAUUUGGCUGCAAAUUCCACUUGUAAUUUUUUUGUAAAGUUUAUUAUUGCUUCUUUUUUUCUGUAGAAAUGAUAUUAAUCUCCUUAUAAUAUUUAUGCUUGUUCCUAAAUAAAUUGGUGGUGUUUAAUUAAUUUCCUUAUAA